AAUUAAAAAAAUAAUAAUACUACGGCGGCUUUAAUCGAGUAGUAGUCUCCUUCGUCGGUCAUCUUCCUCUUCUUUUCAGUACAGCGAUCAAAACCCUAACUGCUGAUACUGUUGAAGUUGUCCAAGUCCGGAUGCAUAAAAUAUCAAUUCCAUACCGCACAAAGUAGUGACAAAGUGGACGGCAUAUGGGUUUGAAUAUUCGGCAAGCUUUCGUUGUUCUCUUGCUUUGCCUCUUCCUCUCCACCGGCAAAUCGGCUCGUCAACAGUUCCGGCGAGAUCCUGGUCAUCCGCACUGGCACCACAGCGCCUUCCACGAUGUGAAGGAGAGCGUCCGAUCUGAUAUCCGCCGAAUGCUUCACACUCGCGCAGAGGUCCCAUUUCAGGUCCCUCUUGAGGUUAAUGUUGUCCUUGUUGGUUUUGAUGGUGAUGGAGGAUAUAGGUACUCAUUGGAUGCAAAGAAGCUGGAGGAUUUCUUGAAAAUCAGCUUCCCAACACAUCGGCCCUCUUGCUUUGAAACAGGAGAACCUAUUGAUAUUGAGCAUCAUAUCGUAUAUAACGCAAUUCCUGUUGGUCAGCCAGAAUUAAUAUCCCUUGAAAAGGCUCUAAAGGAUGCAAUGAUCGCUGCCGGAACUGCUAGAGAGAAUGAAUAUGGAAGGGAGCUUACUCUCUUUGAGAUAGAAGCCACUAUGGUGGAGCCUAUGUUCCAAAAAUUAUACUCUUUUUUAUUUGACGAGGAAAGUGGCAGAUCCGCUGAAGAAAUGGACAGGCCUGUACCUACCGCAGUAUUUCUCACCAACUUUGACAAGGUUAGAAUGGAUCCUAGGAACAAAGAAACUGAUCUUGACAGUCUAAUGUACAGUAGAAUAGAGAAGCUUACUGAUGAACAGUUGAAAAGUCAAGAAGGAGAUUAUAUUUACCGUUAUAGGUACAAUGGAGGAGGGGCUUCUCAAGUUUGGUUGAGCUCUGGACGAUAUGCUGUGAUUGAUUUAUCAGCUGGCCCUUGUACAUAUGGGAAAAUAGAAACUGAAGAAGGCAGUGUCAGUUAUAGAACAUUGCCUCGGUUGUCCAGUAUCAUCUUUCCAAGGGGUUCAACUGCUGUUAAUGUUGGUUACACUAAUGACCUGCUGAUGGGACACCUCGGAGCUCUGGUUUCUACUACUAUUGAGCAUGUUAUAGCGCCAGACAUCAGAUAUGAAACUGUGGAUUUAACCACAAGGCUGCUGAUACCUAUAAUAAUAUUGCAAAAUCAUAAUAGAUACAACAUUCUUCAACCUGGUCACAAUUACAGCAUAGAUAUUCAAGCAAUUGAGCAAGAGGUAAAGAAGAUGGUACAUACUGGACAGGAAGUAAUCCUUUUCAGUGGAUCAUAUGCAUUGCAUCGCCAUGAAAAAUUAGCAAUUGCAGUUUCAAAAGCUAUGCGAGGUCAUUCUCUUCAAGAGACAAAGAAAGAUGGACGGUUUCACGUUCAUACUAGAACAUAUUUAGAUGGAGCAAUCCUUAAAGAGGAGAUGGAGCGUUCUUCUGAUAUGCUUGCUGCUGGUUUACUAGAGGUUGCUGAUCCUUCACUCUCGAGCAAAUUUUUCCAUCGUCAGCAUUGGAUGGAUGAAUCUGAUAGCAUACAAGAUGCCAUUAUUAAGCACAAGCCGCUGUGGGAGUCAUACUAUCCUCAGCGUAGCAGAUAUAAAAAGAAACAAGGGAAUGUGUACAAGACUUAUGGGACCAGAGUAGUCCCAGUGUUUGUGCUAUCUAUGGCUGGUGUUGACGCAAACCUUUUGAUGGAAGAUGAAAGCCUUGUGUGGACAAGCAAGGAUGUAGUUAUUGUCCUUCAGCAUGAUAAUGAGAAGAUACCUUUAAGCUAUGUUUCUGAAACAACAAAGCAGUAUGCCUUUCCCUCCAUGGCACAGCGUCACAUCCUUGCAGGAUUAGCAUCAGCAGUUGGAGGUUUAAGUGCGCCUUAUGAGAGAGCAUCACAUAUACAUGAAAGACCCAUUGUUAACUGGCUUUGGGCUUCUGGUUGUCAUCCAUACGGACCAUUCUCCAAUACAUCUAAAAUUAGUCAAAUGCUACAGGAUGUUGCCUUGAGAAGCUCCAUAUAUGCAAAUGUUGAUGCUGCUCUUCGCAAAAUAAGGGAUACUUCAGAAGCUGUUCAGUCUUUUGCAUCCGAGCACCUCAAGACUCCACUUGGUGAGCCUGUGAAAGGAAAGCGAAAUAGGUCUGCAACUGAUCUGUGGUUGGAAAAGUUUUACAAAAAGGUUACAAAUUUACCAGAACCGUUUCCACAUGAGCUUGUAGAGCGCUUAGAACAAUAUUUGGAUAAAAUUGAGGAACAAUUGGUGGAUUUAUCUGCACUUCUAUAUGAUCACCGGUUUGAAGAUGCAUACCAAAACAGUACCGACAUAUUCCAGAGUACCAUAUAUACUGAUCAUUAUGUAAAGCGCGUUUUAGUUGCUGAAAAGGAUAAAAUGAGGUGCUGUCAGAUCGAGUACAAAUUUCCUGCACGUUCUUCGCAAGUUUUCAUUUAUGGGGGAAUACUUCUUACAGGAUUCGUCGUGUACUUCUUUGUUAUCUUCUUUUCAUCCCCUGUUCGCUGAUAUCUUCUGAUAAUGGUUUAAUUAAGCUGCCUUCAAUUUUGUAGCCCACACCCAAAGAGAUGUUAGCGGCACUGACAUUUUCUCAACUUUAAGCAGGAUGAGCUCUCCAAUCAUCGGGUUGGUUUAUUUUAGGAUGGGUGUAAUAUAAAUUUUAAUUCAUUAUUUAUAUAUUGUAUUCAUCCUAAAGUAAAUCUAAUUAGUGUAAAACUCAUUGAUUUGGGUUAGCAUA